AUGUGCGGUGAGUAGCCAUACAAUAUACCGAUUUAUUAUUACGAAUGUUUAUACCAUACGUCUUAUAAUAAUAUUUAUUUACAACAAUAAAUACAAAUAUGAUUUACACAAUAUGUAAAUAAUAUACGAAUUAAAUCGGGAGUCGUUAACGUUUAUGCGUAAUGAUAGUUUUAUCCGUAUUUUGCGGAUCAACCCUGUCGACAAAAACCGAAUUCCUAUAAAUCUAUUUUUAUUACGUUUCCUCGCGUACAUUGUCCAACUAUACAAUAAUAUAUUCUUCCGUGUCUAACAUUACUGUAUUGCCUAUUCAACCUAUACGUACUUUGAAUAUCAUUUAGAAACCAAACGAUUUCGAUUUUUAACUAGCAGUUAAAAAAAAAAAAAACAACACUCUUUUGAGUCCUACGCAGAGUUGUUGACGAGAUAAUAAUAACACUUAAUAUACAUGCACACGUUGAUAUAAUAAUAUAAUAUUGACACUGUACGUAUAAAUAACGUUGUCUAAAUAGUUUUUUAAAUAUAUCCAAUCGAAUAUUUCGUGAGACUUUUCAACAAACAUUUCAUUAACUAUACAUAUAUAAUAUAUACAUGGUAUAUAUUUGUAAUUGUUUACAAGAAUUUUAAUGUUGGUAAUUAUGAACAUAUACCAUAAUAUUUAACUAUAGCCCAAAAGUACGAUGUAGGCAUGCAUACUAAAAUCCGUAUAGACGUAUAGGUUUUUAAUAUUUUUUUAAUUGAUAUAUAAUCGUUGAAUUUUUUUUUUAAAUCCAUUAUAAGUUUUGCUUUUUAAAUUUGUUUUGAUUAUGUUGAUUUGGUUUUUCAUAAAAACAUAUCCAAGAAAAUAAACGUAAUUUAUUAAUUUUAAACUCAUUGAGAAUAAUUAUAGUUUUUAAAUAUUAAUUAUAUAUAAUAAUUUCUUUAGAAUACUAGUUGUCAAUAACUUAUUGUAAGAAAUAACUUUGUCUCGGUGUACCGAAUGCCGUUUUAAUACAAUUUAAUUUUAUAUCAGGAAUUUUUUGAUAUAUUAUGCAACUUGCAUGAGCAUGCAAUGUGUAUGAUGUAGUAUGAUGUAUGUAAGAUACUAUUGUACUAAUGUACCUUUCUCUGUUCAAAAUAAAAUGUUUUCUGGGUGCAUUGCAGUGUAUUCACCUAAGGAAACACACGUAUGUCUGAAUAAAAGAAAAAGAUACCUACAAUAAUAAUAAAGCUAGGUAGAUAGAUCAUAAACCGGUUGUUUUCGCCAUUCACUUUCAUUGGUUGUUACAACAUAAGAUGUUAUAAAUUAUAACUUAUAAUACUCGUAUACUCCAUACCUGGAUCAUGUCCAAAAUGGUAAUUUGUUUCUGAACAACUUUUAGGUGUUAACCAUCAUAUCCUAUACUAUAUUAUAUUUAAAUUAAUUGCACAUGGGAAUUAUAUUUUAAUUUAUUGUAUAAAGUAGGUAUACAAAUGUAUAAAAUGUUAAUAUUAUUAAAUAUGAAGAUUUUUAACAUAAUAUCAAAAAAAAUUUUAAAAGCAACUAAAAUAAUAUUUAAAAAUUAUUACUAUUUAGAUAUCUGUUGUCACAUUUUUAUUUUGUUGCUUGAAAAUUGAUGAUAUUCAGCGAUUUAAGAUAAGUUUAUUGAUGGUUUGAAAUUCUAUUUUGUUUAUUGUUUUUCGAUUAAUACUACUGUAAAUUUACUACAUAUAUUAUAGUGUGUUUAUAAGUAAAAAUAAAUGAAAAUAUGUGUAGAUAGUAAACAAAAUCUGUAUUUAUUGAAUAAAUAAAUAUUAUAAUAAAUAAUUAUUAAAUAAAUACAUUAUAAAAUCUUAAAUAAAAAUAAAAAUUUUAUUAUAUUAUACUGGUUCUUGAAAUGAACUUAUAUUGGCCUUCACUUUCAGGUUUUUUUUAGACAAAAAUCAGUAUAUCUGUUUGUACUGUGUUUGUGUAAACAGAUGUUCAAUAUGUAUGAUGUAUUUUGUAUGCUAAUUUUAUUAAUAAUUAAGUAAUACUAUUAAAAAAUAUAUUGCUCUAUUAGGUAUUUAGUAUACACACGGUAACGGGAAGAUUUUAAUUGAUUUGAUUGAAUUUAAUGCAUUUGAAAGUUGUUUAUAUAACGCGGGUACACCUACUAGAAAUAUAUAGGUAAUAUUUAUGAUAUAUGCAUAAUUAACCAAUGUUGAAAAGUUUGUACCAGAAACGCCCUGUUAUGUUUCUUUAUAAGAAUUUAUAUUAACACUUCUAUAAUAAAUUACAUUCACAUUUUCAUUCUUGUAGUAUUAAGUGUAUCUAAGGUUAGGCUAUAUCUAUAAGUUAAAAAUUGAGUAAUACCAAUAUUUAUUAUAUCAUAUACAAAGAUAGUAUAAAUUACAUAAAUUAUGCUUAAUAAAACUAUUAAUCAUACAUGGGUAAAAGAUGGUAAAUGAAAACUAUAAUUAAUGUUUUUAAAUUAAAUAAUAUUUUUGAAAUAAAAUAUGGCUACACCUAUACUUAGUUAUGGAAUUUUGUUACUAGAAUCGUUUAAAUUUUGCUCUUAUUUGUUGAUUGUGUUUUGUUUUAGGAAUUUUUGCUUAUCUCAACCACUUGACACCCAAAUCAAGGGAAGAGAUCAUAAUUCUUUUGGUAAAUGGGCUUAAGAGAUUAGAAUACAGAGGUUAUGAUUCAGCUGGUAAGUAUAAUAUUUUUAUAAAAUUUAAUUAAUUUUAACUUUAUUGUUUUAAAAACAUGAUACGUCCUAUGGUUCGGAGUGUAAGGGGGCAGACAGAAAAGUAAAACAGAAAAUGAGGGUAGCAGAGAUAAGAAUGUUUUGGCGGAUGAAUGGAAUGACAAGAAAAGAUAGGAUUAAAAAAAAAUAUUGAAUUUUUUUAUAAGAAUUUUAAUAUUACAUUUUGAUGAAAAUAUUACUAUCUUUCAAAACAUGGAUAACCAAACUUCGUUUAGGAUUAUUUUUCAUUAGCAAUGAUCAAUUGUUGUGUACAGAUAUAUAUUUAAUUUCCUUCUAUAUCCUACCUUCCCAACUUCUCACCUAUAACAGUGACCCUAAUCUAACCUAACUUAACCUAUUCUGCGAAGUAUAUGAUUUUUUUUCUAAUUAAAAAAUGUAAUCAUUAGGGAUCAAAAGUUAUAGGAGCUAAAAACGGCAAAAUAUACACGAAAAAAUUGUAAAAUAUGCAUAAAAAAUGUUAAAUUUGCAAACAAUUAUUCAAAAACAAAUUAAUGUCAUUAUUAUAUGUGCAAAAAAAGAUAAAGAUUUAAUGUGAAUUGUACUGUUGUCAUUAAAUUAAUAACAUACUGAAAUUAUAAGAAAUAAGAAUAAAUAACUAUGUUAAAUAAUAUUGAGUUUUAUAUUCAAUAUUAAUUAAAAUACAUUGGGUAAGAUAGAAAAAAAAAAUGUUUUCAGUAAAUAUCAAAUAUACAUAACAUGCAUAAAAUAUGCGAAAAUCGAUGAAAUAUACAUUUUUUGAUUUUUCUCUAAAAUUAACGAAAUAUACAGAAUAUGCAUUUUAAAUGUUUGAUUUUUAAACUCUCCAUUGUAUAGAAAUAAUUUUUAGCUUGGUUUGCUAUAAAUCCAGUGCAUUCACAGAAUUUAUAUACAAAGAAUCAAAUGUUCUACUAUUGAAAAAAAUUGUUCUAUAAAGCAUCAGUAAUUUAUAUAAUUAAAAAUAGACUAACAUCUAGUAUUGAUCAUGGAUAUAAUACAAGACAAUUAUUAAACAUUACUGUUCCCUUAAUGCACAGAAAAUUAACUCAAUCUACUUACUUAUAUAUAAGACAAAAAAUAUAUAAACUGCUACCAUUAGACUUCAAAACAACUCUAUUGUUUAAUACUUACUAACUGGUUGCAAAAUGAACCAAAUUUAACAAUUUAAAUAGUUUUAUAUCUAUAAUCUAGUUGCUUGCAUUUGUAUUUUAUUAAACUGUAUUAUACGUGAAGUCUUCAUGUAUUAUUGUUACAUACAUUGUAUAUGUUUAAGUUAGUUUCAUCUAAUAAGUCCAAAAUUGUAAACAAAAGUUAAAUGUAAAUUAUUAUUUCAAUGCAUUAUUUUCAUUGCUAUAAAUUGUUAAUUCAUGGGCCCCUACACGAACCUGUUCAGUGGGGCCUAUUAUCUUUUCGAAAAAAAACCAAUUAAAAUGAUAAUAAAAAAUAAUACUAUAUACUGAAAAAUAUGCAACUCCUAUAACUUCUAAGUCCUAAUUAUCAUUAAUUAGUAACAAAUUAACAUGUAUUAUGACUAACAUUCACCUAAAAUUUUCUCUUAAAAUUUCAACAUUAUAGUUAUUAACAAUUUAAAACAUAUUAUAUAAUAUUACUGUCUAUUGUUCAUUAAUUGCAUCUACUGAUAUGCAAUUCUAUUUUUAUAUUUUUGAUUUAUUAAAAAAUUAGGCAUUCAAAUUUAAACUAUGUUUUAUAAAUUAUCAAAAACCAAUUACAUAUUACCAUUGUAUAUUGUACACAUUUUUAUUUUAUUUGUUUUUAGUUUAAUAUAUUUUAUUAUAUUUAAAAACAACUAUUAUUGUUUUUCAUAUCAUAUUUUUUGUUGGAAUAGAUACAUUUGUUAGAUAGGUAUAUGCUAUAACUUUAAAAAAUAUCUCCAUUUCGGUUUUUUUUAAGUACCUAUGUACAAUUUCUCAUAUCUUCAUAUUAUUUUCUUACAAUUUGUCUUUACAUAUGUGUUUUCUUACAAAUAAAACUACACUGUCCUGUCAAUCACCCCAUUAAAGCAUUAAUAUUUAUUAUUUCUAUGUAUUGUAUUAAUAAAUAAUAACCAAGACUAAAAAUUUUAAUAUUAAAACUUAUGAUUUUGGAAAUUAUAUUUAAAAUGAAAAAAAAAAUGGUCUAUGAUUUUGAACUUAUUAACAACACACUAUCUUCAUAAUAACAUAACAUAUCAUAAAAAUAUCUGUUUGGAAUUAAUUCAAAUUUAAUAAAAAAAACAAUUGCAGUUAAAAGUCAAAUGAUUUGAAUAGUACUUAAAAAUAUUAUAGCUUUCACAGGUUGCUGCAUAAGUAGCUGACAGGUUUGACUAAUAAUAAAUAUGUCAUAAUCUGGAGAGUUGAGGUUAUAGCUGAAUGAGCUACAUUUUAUCUACCUGCAUAGGUUAAAUAUAUAUAUAAGAAAAAAAAAUAUUCAAAUAAUUUUCACUAAUGGGUGUCACUCAUAUCUUGUUUAUACUUUUAACAUAUAAAUUUAUUAUGCACUUCUUUAUAGAUUGUUUUUUUCUAAUAAAAAAAAAAAAAUAAUAAUAAUAAAUAUCCAGUAUUGCCUUAUUGGGCCACAUCAACAAUUUAUUUUUGUCUCCAUACUAUUCUGUAUAUAUAUUAAAUCAUUAUUUUAUAUAUUUAUUAUGUAAUUUAUAUUUACUUAUUAAAAAGUGAUUAAAAAAUGCCCUUGAUUAGAAAUAUGUUAUACUUUUUUUUUUCUAAAAGUUAAAUUAUUAAAUUUACUCAAUUAUUUUAAAAUAGUCAAUUGAAAAAAGUUGAGUAAUUCAUAGUGUGUUUCCAGUAAUAUUUCAGGUAAACUAAACUUAGCUUAGUAGAUAUCUAAGUAAUUUUUGUAAUAAAUAAAAUAGUUGGAAAAUUUUCUUAUUUCAAUAUUUUUACUAUUUACUCAAUAAUGACUUAAUGAUACCUAUUUUAUAAAAUUAUACAAUGCUAAAUUUAUAAUUUGUGUGUAUAAUGAUUGUUAUUUAAACAUUAAAUAAACUUUAAUAGCAAAUUUUUUUCUAAAAUUUUCUAAAUUCAAGUUUGUGCCUUGAAAAUCACAAAAAUUUGAAAAUAAUAAGAAAAUGGAAAAUUAUCAUAAUCUCAAUUAGUUUUUUAAACAUAUUAAGUUAUAAUUGAUUUUAAUUCUUUUACAUGCCCAUAUCAAAAUUUAUAUUAUUGUUGGAUCAGUAGUAAAAUUAGGAUUACAAUUUAACAAAUGAUUUUCUCCAGAAUAAUAUCUGUGUCUUUACUAGAAUAAGAAAUAUUUUUUUAAUAUUGAUUAUUAUUGUACAAAUCAUUAUUAUUAUUAUUCUCUAUUUUGUCUUUAACUGGAGGAGGUAUAUUGGAUUUGUAAUACAGUUUUAAUGAAUUUAUUAUACAUAAGAAUCAUAAUUAAUUAAUAUUAUUUAUGAUCUUAUAUGUAUGUAUGUGUAACAUAUAUUUUUAUUUGAACUAUAAUAGGUAUUGCGUUUGAUGGACCUGACGGUAAAGACAUAACAAUUGUAAAGAAAGAGGGAAAAGUUGUUGCCCUUGAAGAUGAACUACUUUCAUGUAAGUUCUUUUUUUUAUAAUUGAUUUUGAAUCUAAAAUUUUAAAUUAAUUAUGUUAUAGUGAAAGAUCGGCUUGACUUCGAAGAAAUCCUUAAUGAUCAUAUUGGUAUAGCUCACACACGUUGGGCUACUCAUGGUGUACCCAGCUGUGUGAAUUCACAUCCUCAGAGAUCGGACAAAGAACAGAUAUUUUGUGUGGUCCAUAAUGGUAUCGUAACUAAUUAUAAAGAAGUCAAAGCUUUUUUGGAACGUAAGGGUUAUGUUUUUGAAUCGGAAACUGAUACUGAAGCUAUCGUGAAGCUGGUUCAUCACAUUUACACACAACAUCCUAAUCUAUUGUUCAGAGAACUCAUUGAACAAGCUAUACAGCAAUUAGUAUGUCUUCAAAGUUAUUAUAUUUAUCAUUUACUAAUAUUAUUUACUAUUAAUAAUAAUGAUUGAUUUUAGGAAGGUGCUUUUGCUUUGUGUUUUAAAUGUAAGUUAUUCCCUGAUGAAUGUGUGGCAACUCGAAGGGGAAGUCCUCUCCUUGUGGGUAUUAAAUCAGAUACAAGACUAGCUACUGAUCACAUUCCUAUUCUUUAUAGUAAAGGUAAUAAAAACAUUGGUUUAUUCUUUAAUUUAAACCAUUAGAAUAAGUUUUUUUAGUCAAAUUAGCACAUUGGUUGUAUUUUUGUUUUUGUUCCGUUUGUGACCCGUGAAGAUACAUUAGACGGAGAGUCUCUUUCAUUAACAGGUACAAAUCAUUAGACAAAUCCAUUUUUCUUUAAUGAUAAGAAAUUAAUUAAUGGGCUUUAGCACUCAAAAACAACCUAGACAUGUCUAUUGUUGGCUUAUUUGGUGGUGGCACUAAUAAAGAUAAUUUGUAUAAUCAAAAUUUCGAAGAGAAAUCUGUUGUGGUAAGCAAAUUGUUUUAGAAAAUGGUAUGGAUAGUGAAGAAUUAGGUAUAAUUUCCAAAAUAGUUUCUAGUCUAUAUAUAUCUAGUUAUUUAAAGUAAAUAUACACUAUAAGUAUAAACAUAAGUCACGCAAGUUAUAAAAAACUGCAAUAUGCUCUACAUUUUAUUCAAUCCUUAAAUAUUUAAAAUUGAUUAUCAAGUUUGACUACAGUCAUUGUAGUAAUGCUAGUAUAAGAUAAAAUCUGUGUAUCAUAACUUUUCAUCGACCAUCAGAUUAAUAAAACAAAUAUUGCAUUACAAUAAUGAGAUUUGUAUCUUAAAAUAAUCUGUAAUGAUAAAAGAUAGAAUAACAAUCAAAUAUAUAGUUUUAAUCAGAAUUAAUUUUGGUUUAAAUGGACUUGUUUAAAAAUUAGUAGAUAUCUACUAUUGGUUUUUAUUAUUUUAUCAAAAAUAUAUUAUAUGGUCAACAAAAAAAAAAUUAAUUUAAAUAUGAAACUGUACAUUUUAAAUUAUACUAUUCAAAACAGUUUUUUGAAACUAAAGGUAGGUUUAUGUCUAACAGUGAGAAUUGUAUGUUUUAUCAGUCAUGUUAAAUUGACAAUAUAAUGCAAAUUUUAUGGACUAUCUACACAUGUGUCGUUUUUUACUCAGUUUGAAUUAUAUUUUCUUCAGUUUAGUUUAGUUAAGUUUGAAUUUAGUUCAGUUUUUUAAUAAUAUAGAAGAAGCAUUAUUUUGGUUCUUUACCGUAGUUUUCCUACUGCAGAUCCGUCAUUUUUUGGGAGAAAAAAUAUAUAUGGAAGUCAAUGUUCAAGAAAAUGUCUUCUCAAAGAGGUCAUAACUUCCUUAUAAAUUUAUUGAAUGAAUGAAGAAACUAAUUUAAUGAAUGCUGCAAUUAUUUGUGUGUACUAUCAAUUGUUGGAAUUGGUGAUUGUAUACAUACAAAAGAAGAAACUAUUAUGAGAAAAGCUAUAAAAACUUGUUGUUCAACUUUAUGGAAAAUGAAUCUCUCAUCAAUCUUUUGAUCUUAUCUUUGAUUUCACUCUUGAAUAUUCAACAAAUUAUCAAUAAAAAGUACAAUAAAUCAUUGCGUUUAAAUCCUCCAUAAGCAAAUUAAACAAGUCAAUAAUGAGGUUAUUUAAUUGUUUUUUUAAAUAUUAUGGACAAUUUUGGACAGCAUUUGUGUUAAGUAUAUCCUUAAUCUAAUACUUAUACUUUGGACUGAUAUAAAUUAUAAUAAAUCACAUUGACCAAUAUUUAUUUUAUUAUUUUAAGCAAUACCUAUACUAUUUUCUGUAUAUAUCUAAUAUUAAUAAAUCUUCAAAAUAUCUUAUUGUUUCUUACUUUAAAAAUAUUUAAUUUAUAUAGAGCUAUUAUUUGUAUUGACUUUAAUAAAUGUUAUUCAGGUAUUAUUAAUUAUUCCAUGAAAAGGAAUUGGAUGAUAAUAUAGGUAUUAUUAUAGUUAAAUACUAUUAUUUUUAUUUAAAAUAAACAUUUUAUUUUAGUACUUAACAUUUCAGGUGCAUACUGGCAUGCCAGAGUACCAGGAAUUUCCCGAUGGCCAUUGAUUUAUACAUGUUUCCCUACUCCUAUUUCCUUUAAUAUUUCUAAUUAUUUUUACAGCCACAAGUGAAUAAUACAUUUUAUGUCUGAUAGAAAUCACUCUAGGAACUGUACAGUGUUCUAUUUAAGUGUCUACACUCAAUAUUUCGAAAAGUACAUAUUGACUCUUCAAAAACAUUUUUUAUUUUUUUGACAAAUUAAGAAACAAGCAACUCUAAAAUGUUACAUUAUCAUUAUUUUUUACUACCAUUAUUUUUGGGAGUGAAAAAACUACCUACUUAUGAUUUUCAAUUAAUAAUCUAGUAGUUAGAUGGAUUAGUUAAAAUAAAUGUUAAGUUAAAAUUGUUGGUUUCCGUCAACUCAUUCAUGAAAUAUUCCAUUUUUAAAUUUAGGUAAAAAGAAAGUAAUGAAGCGCCAUUUGUGUUGUGGCUUAGCAUGCUACGUUUUAAUAGUGGUCCACUACUCUUCUACUAUCCAAAAUUAAAAGUGGAAUAUCUUAUCGAAAAUUUAAUAGAUAACAAAAAUGUUAACACCAAAAUUAGUUUAAGCUAAUAUUUAAUCUAUUUAAAAUCCACUUAAAUGGAAUUCUCUGUACAACUAAUGAUUGACACUAUCCCAUAAUAAUUUAUUGUUGUAUAAUAAAACAGAUUGCUUGUCAUUUAUCUUUAAAUACUAUCAAGUAAACUUAACUAUAUUAUAUAUAUAUUGAUGGAUAAUUUAUUAAAAACAAUGCAUUAAAUCAAUAAAAAAAACUAUACUUGGUUGUUCUGCAGACAUCAGAUUAAAAUUUGGUGCAGUUGCAUAAUAACAGGUUUAUGGGUAGUUUUAUAUUAAAUCAUUCAAAACAUUUAAAUUUUUAACAACAAAUAAAUAGACUACCAACCACGAAAAUAUAACACAUUCAUUUUUUUUUUUAAUACUGUAAUAAUUUAUAAUAUUUAAUUAUUGGGAACAUUAUAUUAUUAUUAGAUAUUAAUGAUUUAUAAUAGUGUAUCUGUAUGCACGAUCUACUGUUAUAUAAUUUAUAUUUUGUAUUGUGGGUUCUGGUUAGAUGAAAUAUAAUAAUAAUAAAUUCAAAAGUUAUCGUGUUAAGUAAUUUAUAGUGACCAAUGAUUAGUUAAUGAUUCAAUAAUCAAUUGUUUUGAAGUGAUUGUAUGUAGUUUUACUAUCAAUGUAUAAUUAGUUAUUUUAAUUUUGUUUUGGUUAGAGGUAAAUAAUAAUUCUAUAAUUAAAAUUUAUUAUAAUUUUAAUAAAUUUAGAAUAAUUUUUAUAUUUGUAACUAUACUGAAGGUCAUACAAAUAUUUUAACAUUUGUCUGGUGGGUUUAUGCGAUCGACUUUUGAAAUCCAAUGGUCAUUUAUCACUAGUUUCUUUUUAUUUAAUUUAUAUUGUUUGUUAUUAUAAAUAUCAAAAACCAUUUUAUGAUAAAAAUUCUUUGACUGGCAGUAGUUUAAAAUUUUUAGAAAUUUCUUAUAUUCUAUUCAACACCAAAUAAUUUAUUGGUGAAUGAUCGACAAAAACCGGAACUGCAAUAAUGCUUGUUGCAUAAUAAUUACACAUAUACGCAAUUUCUAAAAUAUUUGGAUUAUAGCCAACUGGAAAACAGGGGCUUGUGCAUUAUUUACAAUUUUUUUGACCACUUAAAUUAAUUAAUAAUAAUUAAAAAAUAAAAGGCUGAAAAAUAUUGACGAAACUAAUUUAAAAUUAAAAUUUUUAACUCUAUCAAGUAUUUCUUAAAGGGAAGAAUUGUUUAAAAAUAUGAAGUAUACUUCACUUAAUAAUAUGUUUGAUUUAUGUAUUUAAUUUAUUGUCUCAUGACUGAUACCCUACAAGUAAUACAUAUUUGAUACCUAUAUGUAAUAUAACGUUCUCAAUAUUAUUCUGUUUAUCAAUAAUUUAUAAAAAAAAAAUUUUGUCAUAGAUAAUAUUGUAAAUUUACCUACAAUAAAUUGUUUACUGUACAUAAAAAUGUAAAUAAAUACAGUAGACUAAUAAUUGAAAGGACAUAGUUUCUUUUAUUAUCAAUCUAAUACGGUCUGAGGAACUAGGAUGCAUGUAACCUACUUUAUUUCCAAAAACAAAUCAAUUUAACAUUUUGAAUUUUGAAAUGUUUAGAACAUCGUUACAUUCGCGGUGAUAAAAUGUCCAUUCCCCUUCCUCUACCGCGUCAGGAGAGCACAUCUGAAUUUCAUCCACUUGGAGACAAGGAAGAAGUCGAAUAUUUCUUUGCAUCUGAUGCUAGUGCCAUUAUAGAGCACACAAAUCAAGUUAUAUACUUGGAGGUUUGUGCAAGAUCAACAAACAAUAGGAACCUUAUGUUUGUCGGAUUUUUAAAAUUUACUACCUAUUUUUUAGGAUGACGACGUGGCUGCUGUAAGAGACGGAAGAUUAACCAUACACAGAAUGCGUAUGUCUACAGAUGAUCCACAUGCCAGAGAGAUCACCACACUCAAGAUGGAAAUUCAACAGAUUAUGAAGGGCAAUUUUAGUUCUUUCAUGCAAAAAGAAAUAUUCGAACAGCCAGAAUCAGUAGUGACUACAAUGAGAGGCAGGGUGAACUUUGAAAAUCAGACUGUCGUGCUUGGUGGUAUCAAAGUAAUUCAUAAUAAUAAAGAGAAUCUAAUAAAUUAAAGUAUGCAAUCGUUCUUCUGUAGUCCUAAUAAUAUAAAUUAUGAUAUUUUAUGUUUGUAGGAUUACAUUCCAGAAAUAAAACGAUGCCGUCGAUUAAUGUUAAUAGGUUGUGGUACUAGUUUCCACAGUGCUUUGGCAACACGUCAACUUUUAGAAGAACUUACCGAACUACCGGUUAUGGUCGAAUUGGCUUCGGACUUUUUGGACCGUAAUACUCCUGUGUUCAGAGACGACGUUUGCUUCUUUUUGUCACAAUCCGGUGAGUUGGACUUUUUUAAUUAUAUUCUUAUUGGAUCAAAAUAUUUUAUAAUACAAUCUAAAUUUAUGAAAAUACCUUAAGUCUAAUAGAUAUGAAUGUGACAACUUUCAUAUUCAUUUUAGGCGAGACUGCUGAUUCUCUUUUAGCUUUGAGAUAUUGCAAACAACGAGGUGCCUUGAUUGUUGGUGUUACAAACACUGUGGGCAGUUCUAUAAGUCGUGAAUCACAUUGUGGUAUUCACAUAAAUGCAGGGCCAGAAAUUGGUGUAGCUUCCACUAAAGCAUACACAUCACAGUUUAUUUCACUGGUAAUGUUUGGAUUGGUCAUGUCCGAAGACAGGAUAUCAAUGCAACCUAGAAGAAAUGAGGUAUUAUAAUAUUCGACGAUACUACACUAAGAAGAUAGUAUAAUCGUGUAAACAAUUUUUGUUUUCAGAUUAUCAGGGGUCUCGAAAACAUAACUGACCAAAUCCGUGAAGUGUUGGCAGCUGACAAAAAAGUGAUGAAAUUGGCCGAGUGCUUGUACCAAAAAAAAUCGCUGUUGGUCAUGGGAAGGGGUUACAACUAUGCAACAUGUUUGGAAGGGGCGUUGGUAAGUUUUCAGAGUUAAAGUUCUCAGCACCUGUGUCAACAUAAUAUAAUAUAAGUUACCACUGUGAUUUUUUUUUUUUAUAGAAAGUCAAAGAACUCACUUACUUGCAUAGUGAAGGGAUUUUAGCCGGAGAAUUAAAACACGGUCCGUUAGCCCUGAUUGACAAACAGAUGCCAAUAAUCAUGAUUCUGACCAGAGACCCAGUCUAUAAAGUAAAAUGUCAUAAACACCCAAAAUAUUGAUCGUAUUUUAUUUUUUUAUUUAAUCAAUUUUCUCUGAUGUAGAAAUGUACUAAUGCUUUACAACAAGUUACCGCCCGCGAAGGUCGUCCAAUUGUUAUAUGUGAAAAAGACGACAUUGAAACCAAAAAAUUGGCUUGGCAAACCAUUGAUGUUCCACACACCGUUGAUUGCUUACAGGUAAAAAAACACAUCUAAUGUUUAUUUAACCGAAACGUGAGAGUCUCUGAUUUCCUUAUACCUAGUCGUUUUUUGUGUCAUUAUUAGACAUUUAUAGUCUCAAAAUAAGAAAACAUCACCAUGUUGCACAUAUAGUGUAAUAUUAUAACUUUCAUAUUGAACAUUAUAAUAAAUUAAUAUACUUCUUUUAUUUUUUAUGAGUAUCCAAUUUCAAUACCUACAUUUCUUGUUACUUAUCGUAACUUUCGUUACCUACUGCUAUUAUCAUUAUCAGUUUUCUGAAAAUAAUACUAUUUAACUACUUAUAACAAUUAUAAAUUUUUUCACCUAGAUUUUAAGUAGUGUUUUGUUCCAUAAAUUGUAUAAUUAUUUUAUGUAAUUUGAUUAAACCAUUACUUAGUCAUUAUUAUAUUUAAUUUAAUCACUGCUAUUAGAACAUAGUAAUUGUUUGUUUAAUGUUUCAUUGUUUAUGAGUUUUUUAACGUAAUAUUUUAUACUUUUAGGGGUUGCUGACUGUAAUACCGAUGCAACUGUUGUCUUAUCACAUUGCUGUGAUGCGAGGCUGCAAUGUUGAUUGUCCAAGGAAUUUAGCAAAAUCAGUAACGGUCGAGUAA